AUGGCUUCUCUCUACCGCCGUCUCCAUGAUGUAUUCACCAAGACCGCCAAACCCCAGGUCCUUACUGCCAUCGCCGAUGUCAAAUCCAAAGUUCCUCAACCCGUCAAAGCCAUCAGUAAACCCGAAUCCUCUAAAGAGCAAACAUUUCGGUCGCUGAUUCGUAAAUUCAAGCAAGACUCAAAGAAUCCUAAAUUUCGCCGCAGUUAUCAAAAAUAUGCAUCUUUCGUACGCCGGCUCAUCCAGGACGAACAGUUCUCAGCUAUUGAAGAUAUCUUCGAACACCAAAAAGUUUACCCAGAAAUAAAAAGUGAGCGUUUCGUUGUACGAUUCAUUUCCUUGUAUGGGAAAGCUGGUAUGUUUGAGCAUGCCCAGAAACUGUUCGACGAAAUGCCUGACUUAGACUGUGAGCGUACAGUCAUGUCAUUCAAUGCUCUACUGGGAGCUUGUGUUAAUUCGAAGAAAUAUGAUAAAAUUAGUGAGAUUUUCAGGGAAUUUCCUGGAAAAUUAGCUAUUGAGCCAGAUGUUGUUUCGUAUAAUACGGUGAUCAAGGCCUUCUGUGAGAUGGGUUCACCGCAUUCUGCAGUUCAGCUAAUUGAAGAAAUGGGAAAAAAUGGAAUUGACCCUGAUGUUAUUACUUUCAAUACACUUUUGGAUGUGUUUUACAAGAAUAAUAAUUUUUCUGAAGCUGAAAAAAUGUGGACUUUGAUGGAAAAGAAGAAUGUUAUUCCGAAUGUUAGGAGUUAUAACUCGCGAUUACGCUCGUUGGUAGAGAACAGUCAGGUUGUAGAGGCUGAGGAAUUGUUUGAGGAGAUGAAGAAAAGGGGAGUAAACCCUGAUACUCAUAGUCAUAACGCGAUGAUUUCAGCUCGGGCAAAGGAUGACGAUUUGGAAUUGGCUAAAAGUUGGUAUGCGAAGUUGGAGGAAAACGGUUGUCUUCCUGAUCUUGUGACAUUCGUGUUACUUAUUCCUCUGGCCUGUGAUAAGGGUGAUCCUGAUUUCGCUUAUAAGUUGUGCAAGGAGUGUAUUGUUUUGAAACAUACUGUUUAUACUAGUAUAAUACAACGGGUUGUUGAUAUGUUGGUUGCUCACUCCAUGAUCGAAGAAGCAAAAGAGCUUGUGAAGAUGGGAAAGAACUGCUCUUUCCAUUAUAAGCUGACAGUGGUCCUUGUGAAAGAAUUAGAAGAUCUUGUGGAGUCAGGGAAGAUUAGAGAAUUAGAAGAUCUUGUGGAGUCGGGGAAGAUUAGCUGGAACCAUUAUAUGCUUACAGAAGGGGAAAAGAUGCCUAGUGAUAUUACUUUUCUGUCAAAUGGUGGAAUCUUUACAAGUGGUGGACUCUUCUGUUUCCGUGAUACAAAUUUCUAUAAGAAACUUCAUGAUCAUCUUAUGGCGCUACAGGUGGUUGAUCAACUCAUUCCAGAAAAAGCCAAAGAGCUUGUGGAAUUGGGAAAUAGUCGUUCACUCCUUAAUGGAUUCAUGUCAACAUGUACCUAUCAGAACUCUAAAGAAGACACUCAUCGAGAACGGAAGUUCGACCUUUGA